AUGAAAGUUCAGCUGUGGAGUCUAUGUCAUAUUUUAAUCGUUUGUCUGGCAGCGUUCAUAUGUAAAUCAAAAGCUAAAGCACAACGUGAGAUUGCCGAUUCGGUAUUCACUGCGUCAGUCGCUCCUGCAGCUCAGGUUGUUGCACAACAACAGUCAGCUACAGCAAAUUUACAAUGUGGAAAUUCACCACGAGAGCAGCAACCAAGAAGUGAUAAUUUGAAGAAUGCUUUACAACGUGAAGGUGCUGGUGAUGAUGGCAAGAAGGAUACACCCGUGGAAAAUGAGUUAAAAAAGAAGUCGAUUAAAGCGAAUGAAAACGAAAAAUCCAACCCACAACAAAAGAUAAUUCGAAAGAGUGCCGAAGAGAUAUUAUCGUUGAAAAAGACACAAAGUGAACGAAUGACUGAAGAAUUUCGUAAACGUGAUAGUGAUAAAACCAAAUCAUCGUUUGAUGUCAAAUCUGUAAUGGAAAAAGGUUCAAAGGCAAGUUGUAAAACGAAACGAGCAAACAGUAGUCUUUUGAAAAGUUGUAAAACGGUCUCAGUCUAUGGAGCAGUCAAUCCGACUGAGAAAGUUACCACAGCCCCUCCAAAAGAGCAAGAACAAAUGUCGGGGAUUGAUGACUUACCGUUACCACUACCUGAUGAGGAAAAGAGUACACAACAGUCGCAAUCUGUAAGGGUACGAUGA